AUGGCCACCAAUAUGGCCACCAAUAUGGCCGCCAAUAUGGCCACCAAUAUGGCCGCCAAUAUGGCCACCAAUAUGGCCGCGAAUAUGGCCGCCAAUAUGGCCGCCAAUAUGGCCGCCAAUAUGGCCGCCAAUAUGGCCACCAAUAUGGCCGCCAAUAUGGCCACCAAUAUGGCCACCAAUAUGGCCGCCAAUAUGGCCGCCAAUAUGGCCACCAAUAUGGCCGCCAAUAUGGCCGCCAAUAUGGCCACCAAUAUGGCCACCAAUAUGGCCGCCAAUAUGGCCACCAAUAUGGCCGCCAAUAUGGCCGCCAAUAUGGCCGCCAAUAUGGCCGCCAAUAUGGCCGCCAAUAUGGCCGCCAAUAUGGCCGCCAAUAUGGCCACCAAUAUGGCCGCCAAUAUGGCCGCCAAUAUGGCCACCAAUAUGGCCACCAAUAUGACCACCAAUAUGGCCGCCAAUAUGGCCGCCAAUAUGGCCACCAAUAUGGCCACCAAUAUGGCCGCCAAUAUGGCCACCAAUAUGGCCGCCAAUAUGGCCGCCAAUAUGGCCGCCAAUAUGGCCGCCAAUAUGGCCACCAAUAUGGCCACCAAUAUGACCACCAAUAUGGCCGCCAAUAUGGCCACCAAUAUGGCCACCAAUAUGGCCGCCAAUAUGGCCACCAAUAUGACCACCAAUAUGGCCACCAAGAUGGCCACCAAGAUGGCCACCAAGAUGGCCGCCAAUAUGGCCACCAAUAUGGCCGCCAAUAUGGCCACCAAUAUGGCCACCAAUAUGGCCGCCAAUAUGACCACCGAUAUGACCACCAAUAUGGCCACCAAUAUGGCCGCCAAUAUGGCCACCAAUAUGGCCGCCAAUAUGGCCACCAAGAUGGCCGCCAAUAUGGCCACCAAGAUGGCCGCCAAUAUGACCACCAAUAUGGCCACCAAUAUGGCCACCAAGAUGGCCGCCAAUAUGGCCACCAAGAUGGCCGCCAGUCCUCAUUCCACCAGUAUCGGGGAAAUGCUCCAAAUCUCUGGAAAAGCUGCUUCUGGUUGA